AUGCUUUUGAAGACAGGAGUAUUCUUCAUUUUGUGUCUGUUUACCCUCCAAGCAAGUCAAAUCAAAGACCUUCGUGACCACGGUUUUUCCGGACUCAGGGAUGUGAAGUAUCGCCAUUUUCUGGAAUCUUCAAGGUCAAUCAGACACACCACCAAUGCAAGAGCAGCUCAGGAGCGACACCGGACGAAGAGGUCUACGGUCCUUACCACAGGGGUCAAAGUCUGUCCCCAGGAGACGAUGAGAGCAGUCAUUGGCAGCCAUCGGGCCUAUUACAAGCUCAGAGUUUGUCAGGAAGCAAUUUGGGAGGCGUUUCGCAUCUUCUUCGACAGGGUCCCAAACUCUGAGGAGUACGGUGCCUGGGUUUACACCUGCCAGCAUGAAAACCUCUGCUUGGAUGAUCUGGCCCAGAACUUUAGCAGCUCUCAGGAGCAUCUGGACAUGGUGGCCAGGAGAAUAGCUGAACAUGGCGAAAGUGAAGGAAUUGUUGAUGAAACGCCAGAGCCAGGAAUAGAUUGCACCUGGACUCCCCCACUGAUUCAGUUUCCAACGGAAGCAGAUGUAAGUUCACACACAAAGUUUUAACCUUAUCCCAAUAUGAUAAAAGAGAACUAUGAGGAGUACGUUGUUGAAUUCAGCGUCACUAUGGUUGGCCCAUCAUACAGUGAGCGGCUGCGAAACGCAGAGGCUCCAGUGCCCAAUGACAUCACGAGAGAUCUCACAGAUAAGAUGCUUCAUGUGUUUCAAAAAGUUCCAGGUUUCAAAGACAUUCGUAUUCUGGGAUUUCGAUCGGAGGAUGUGUCUGUGCGUUAUGCUGUGGUCUUUAAUGGAGACACAGAGCUCAAUGAUGAACCUGGGGAUCUUCUGGAGUUUGAAGCAGACCCAAAUGAGGAUGUUAAUGCACCUAAACUGAAACACAUCAUUGUGAACGCCUUAAAACAGGAGCCAUCACUGCCGCUGGACAUAGAGACACUCAACUUUGAGACCGUGAACACAGUUUAUCCAGUUGCGGCACUCGGCAUAAAUCCUGUUGAGGACGUAUCAUCUGAGGAUGACACCACAGAGGCCAUUGCAGAGGACAGCACACCCACCCAAAGUUUCCUCCCCACUGUGGCAGUGACAGAAAACUCUUUGGAGGCUUCAACAAUCAAACCAGAAACACACACCAUUGUGCCUUUCAUCCCAACCAUCCUCCCAGAGGCCACUUUUGCUGUCACUGAUGAGACUCACGUAAUGACAGCAGUAGAGGGGGAAUCCACAGAGGAUGCUGCAGGGGAAGCCAGUGACAUUAUAGCUACAGAUAUAACAUUGGAAAACAUUGCAGAGCAGGAAGAAGAAGCAGAGACAGAGGUGGCUGAAGAGCUGGUGACAGACGAAUCUGAACCAGCUGUUAAGGAACAGAAUGAGGACCUUCGCUUGGUGACCCAACCUGCUGAAGAUAACCUUGUCCUGUCGGAGCCUACGGACCCAACAAUUUCGGAGAUAUCUGUAAUAGAAGCAGCAGCCCCAAUCUCCACACCAUCAACCCAUGAGCAUACAGUUCAAGGCAUUGAACCAGAAACAGACGUUGAGCCUUUGCCAUCCCCUUCAGAGAGCGGAGAAGCCCCAGAGGACAGAGAUGAGACUAGUGGGGGACACAGUGGAGGGACCCCGGCCUCAUUGGACCUUCCUCCUGAGAUUUCAAGCAUUCAAGAUGAUGUAGGACAAAGCCAGAAUGGGACAGAGGUGGCGAUGACUGAGCUUCUGGAGGAACAGAGCGGUAAUGGACUGCCACCAGAGCCUGACGAACGGCCAUACGAAUCUACGGCUGCACCGGCAAUGAGACAAGCCAGCACUCCUCUGAUGACAGCAGUGGACAAGAGCAAAGAGUUAGUGGUUUUCUUUAGCUUGAGGGUCACUAACAUGAUGUUUUCUGAUGACCUUUUCAACAAGAGCUCCCCAGAGUAUAAAUCACUGGAGAAUACCUUUCUUGAACUGACACAGCACUCCGGGUCCAGAAAAUCGCCAAACCCUGGAGCUUCCCGUAAAUCUGGGCCUAAGAGACAGACGACUUUAGCCUCAAUACCGCUUCUACCCUAUCUGCAGUCCAAUUUGACUGGAUUUAAGCAGCUGGAGGUCCUCAACUUCAGGAAUGGCAGCGUCGUGGUAAACAGCAAGAUGAAACUGGACAAGCCAGUACCUUAUAAUGUGACCGAGGCUGUGCACUGUGUGCUCGAAGAUUUCUGUAACGCUGCAUCUAAACGGCUCGACAUUGAGAUUGAUAGUCGUUCCUUGGAAAUAGAACCAGCUGACCACGCAGAUCCCUGCAAGUUCCUGGCCUGCAAUGAGUUUUCACGCUGCGUGGUUAACAGUUGGACCAAUGAGCCGGAGUGUCUGUGUGAUCCAGGCUACAGCACUGUCAACGGCCUGCCUUGUCAGAGCACCUGCACUUUGCAGCCAGACUACUGCCUGAACGGAGGCCUGUGUGAGAUCAUUCCAGGGCACGGAGCCACCUGCAGAUGCCCUGUAGGUAAAUACUGGCACUUCCACGGAGAACACUGCAAUGAGCUGGUGUCAAUGCCAGUAGACCCUCCAUUAAUUAUAACCUGCCUCGUGGGAAGUCUCUGCCUUGUUUGCGCCAUCAUCGGCAUCUUGAUAUUCAUAAACAAGAAGUGUAUAAAUACAAGAAAGGCUGUCACUUUGGUGCACACCCAUGCUCCCUAUGCAUUUGAGAAUACUUUGAGGGUGAACCCAGUGUUUGAAAAUGAUGAUGGUGUCUUAAAUCAAGUGUCCACAUUGCCGUGUCCUUCAAGUUCUGCUUCUUCCCAAUCCCAACAUUCUGAGCAAGAACAUUUUGCCUCAAUUGAAAAUAUACAUCUGAGUAUUGAGAUCCCCAGACAACUCUACACAACAAGAUCAGAAAAGUUAGUAUCAGAUAUGGUGGACUUCCAUCACUGCAUACCACACAACGAGGCGUGGCGAUUGUCGAAUGAAUACAGAACGUGUUGUCUUCUGAGGGCAUCGGAUAAUGAAUGUUUUGAAGUGACAGUUCUUUGA